UUUUGAAUAAUUAUACGUAAAUGGCAUAACUGUCGAAGAAACAGACUACUACACAGACAGGCAGCUCUUUUAGUUUAGAAACCAGCAAGAUGCCAAACAUAAAAUUGCGAAGUUCAGAUGGAGAGGUUUUUGAUGUGGAUGUUGAAAUUGCAAAAGCAUCGGUUACAAUAAAAACUAUGUUAGAUGAUCUUGGUAUGGUUGAAGAUGAUGAGGAUCCAGUACCUUUACCCAAUGUUAAUGCUGCUAUUUUAAAGAAGGUAAUACAAUGGGCAACUCAUCACAAAGACGAUCCCCCUCCCCCAGAGGAUGAUGAAAACAAAGAAAAGAGAACUGACGACAUUGAACCUUGGGAUAUGGAAUUUCUCAAAGUUGAUCAAGGAACUUUGUUUGAGUUAAUAUUGGCAGCAAAUUAUCUAGAUAUUAAAGGUCUGUUGGAUGUUACAUGCAAAACUGUGGCUAAUAUGAUUAAAGGUAAAACUCCUGAGGAGAUUAGAAAAACAUUCAACAUUAAAAAUGAUUUUACACCUGAAGAAGAAGAACAGGUCAGGAAAGAAAAUGAAUGGUGUGAAGAGAAGUAAUUAAGUUUUGUAAAAUACUAUUAUAAAAUACUAUAUAUACAUUUAUACAAAUCUUGAAAUGUUUCCAGAGACAUUUUUUUUCAUUCAUUGUUUUUUUGAAAUUUUGGGUUGAGCAUAUUUAUUUGGAAAUGGAGCGAUUUUGAAACUACAUUAAUGAUCAUCCCAUCCCAAGUGUAUUCUCUUGGUUGUUGAUGAUGUCUUCUUUGGAAAUAUGUUAAAAAUCUAAUGUUUUCUGUGUUA